AUGAAGCAACUAGGUGAGCUUAUGAAGGAUAAGGAAAGAGUUUCUAAGCUUAUGCGCUUGUUAAGAGCGGAAGGCGGGUCUUUGUUGGUGGACUAUACAAAGACACACAUUGAAGAGGGUGACAUCAAGUCCUGGGAGGAGCGUUUAGAGGGGAUGCAGAUCGGUGACCGGGUUAAGGAGAUGUUUAGUGGGCAGAAGAUUAACUAUACAGAGGACCGGCCUGUUCUUCAUGUUAAGCUGCGUUCUCAGAAUGUUAUUGCAGCGAUGCAGAAAGAGAGUAGCCAGGGACUUGACCCGGAAGAAGAAGCUAUUGCUAAAGAGUUGCUCUCUCUUAAGCGAAUUGCGGAGUCGUUUACGAAUGGGACGAUGAUGGGUGCUUCAGGGAAGCCGAUCAAAAAUGUGGUGAACAUUGGUAUUGGUGGAAGUGAUUUGGGCCCAAGACUUCUUACUGCAGCUCUUGCCCCUCUUAGUAAUCCAAAAGGAUCUCUUUUCCGCUAUGUGUCUAAUGUUGAUGCUCAGGAGAUGCACGCCUGUACGGCCGAUCUUUCUUUGGAGGAGACAGUCUUUGUGAUUGUAUCUAAGACAUUCACAACUCAGGAAACUCUGGAGAAUGCCCGGAUUGCUUUGCAGAAAGUUAUCGAGGCUCAUCCAGGCAAGGCACAACAAGACGUGGUCCGAGCUCAUUUCUUAGCAGUUACAGCGGCCAAGCAGAAGGCCACGGCCUUUGGUAUCUUAGAGGAGAACAUUCUGGACAUGUGGGACUUUGUGGGCGGUCGGUACUCGCUCUGGUCUUGUGUCAGUCUUUCCUCCGCGCUAGCUAUGGGCUUCCCGGCCUUCUUAGAAAUGCUAGCCGGGGCAGCCGCCAUGGACAACCACUUCUUGAACACGCCGGUACGAGAUAACCUGCCAAUGUUUCAUGCCAUGGUCGAGUGCAAGUACUUCAACGAGUACGGGUUCAAUAACAAGUGUGUUGUUCCCUACGACCACUACUUAAAGCUUUUACCAGCCUAUCUGCAACAAUGCGAGAUGGAGUCCAACGGUAAGUCCUGCACCAAAGACGGGUCACUUCUACUCCCGGAAAGGUUCAUUUCUUCCGGAGUAGACACCUCCAAGCAAACAGCGCCUAUUGUUUGGGGCGGAGUUGGCACCGAUGUCCAACACUCCUACUUCCAACUUCUUCACCAAGGAACUAUUCGGGUUCUUACCGAGUUCCUUAUUCCCGCCAAUCCAAAAAUCAGCACCACCAGAGCAUCAUCUGAAGCCAAAAACUCAACCGCACAUGAUGUCCUGAUAGCCAACUGCCUAGCCCAAUCCCGAGCUCUAAUGCUCGGCCGUGACAACGAAGACAAGAACAAGUAUUUCACCGGCAACCGCCCAUCCAUCACACUUAUCUACGACCAACUAUCUCCAUUCACUCUAGGGCUUCUUAUUGCCCUCUAUGAGCAUAAGAUCUUUGUACAAGGCCUUAUCUGGAACAUCAACUCCUACGACCAAUUCGGAGUCGAGCUAGGCAAAGUCCUCGCCAAAGAAAUCCUUUCUCAAGUAGAGCAACAAAGAUCAAGCCCCGAUUUUGAUCCAUCCACCACCGCCCUCCUACAGCACUACUACUCCCUAAGAAAGAAAUAA